CUUCUCCUCUCUCCCAGUCUGCCGCCUCUUCUUAUACCCUCCUCCUCCUCACCCACCCCUACCCGCGUCCUUCACCCCAUCGGCGGUCUCCCCGGAGUUGUCUAAACCCCAAUCGCCCCCAAAUCUCCAACGCAGCUAACAAGCCUCGCACCGGAGUCUCCGAGGAGGAAGCAUGAGUCGCCACCCGAUCACUAAGUGGGCUCAGAGGUCCGACAAGGUGUUCUUGACGAUCGAGCUGCCAGACGCCAAUGAUGUGAAGUUGAGCUUGAAGCCUGAGGGCCAUUUCAACUUCUCGGCAAAGGGCGCCGAUGACUUGCCUUACGAGCUUGACCUUGAGCUGUUUGAUGCUGUGAAUGUGGAGGAGAGCAAGGCGGCCGUUGCCCCAAGGACCAUAUGCUACCUUAUCAAGAAAGCUGAGAGCAAGUGGUGGCCGAGGCUGAUGAAGGAGGAGGGCAAGCCACCUGUUUUCUUGAAGGUUGACUGGGACAAAUGGCAGGAUGAGGAUGAUGAGGAUGUCGGAUUUAAUGACAUUGGUGAUAUGGACUUUUCGAAACUGGGCAUGGGAGGUGCUGAUGAUGAUGAUAUUGAGGAUGAUGAUGAAGAUGAUGUGGUUGAAAGCGCUAACAAAGAUGAAGAAGGCAGCAAGGCAGAGGAGAGCAAGGGGGAGGAAGCUCCAGCAGCAGCUGCAGAGGAAGGGAAGCCAUGAAAAGCCUUUUUACUUUGCUCAACACCAUCGAUGACUGCCCACGGUCUCUAGCUAGAUGCUCCCUUGGGUUUUUUUUAUGUAAAAUCGGAGAAUGGAUCGCUCACUGCCUAUGAAGUAAAGAAAAACAAUCAUGUUGUUGUAGUAUUUGGCUAAACCUUGUGAACGACUGGUCUUAAUAUUUUGGUCAAAGCUUAUUUGCAUCCA